AUGCAAGUGAGGUAGAAAUAGAAUUUGAAUAUCAAGAAUCUGAAAAUAAUCUAGAUAAUGAUAAGGUUGUAGAAAUUAUUACAAACUUGUUAUUGAGUAAUAAUCUUGAAGUUUCUGAAAUAGUUCAGGCUAUAGAAAGGUAUAUUUAA